AUGACGUCACCGGAGACUCCGCCCACUACCAGCACCACUACGUCAUCAGAAUCAGAACUUCGAAUUGAAGAUUUAUUUCAUCAGAAGAGGAAUGAAGACUCGAUUAGCAAGUUGUUCUCGGCGAUUUAUGCGCCAGUUGGUAUCGUCAUCUUCCUCUUCCGUGUUUUCCUCGGUUUUCACACGUUUCUCGUCGCGUGUCUUCUCCGUAAAUCGGGUGUAUUCCGACAACACGCUCUACGAAUGAUGUGCUCAAUUCUCGGAAUUGUUGUCGAGAAGACUGGAGAGAGAGACGAGUCGGCGCGAGUCCUGUGCGCGAAUCACGUCUCCAUCCUUGACCAUCUGGCAAUCGACAUUCUGACGCCGUGCCUUCUUCCAUCGGUUUGGGAUAUUCCAUCCAUUAUUCGAUGGUGUUUUGGAUACGUUGACUUGGGAGCAACACGUGGAAGGGAUCAUCUUGUUAGGGGGGUAAGUUGGCAUUAA